GUUGACCUUGACGAAUGACAUGUUGAAGUGAUAAUUGAUAAUUUUUUUGUAUAAAAAUACAACAAUAACGUGCUAAACUUUAUUUUCACAUGAGUAAUAACAUUUUUAUAGUUUAUAAAUAUAAAUAAACUAUAAAAUCGGUGAUAGUUUGUUUAAAAUGUAGCCAAUUUCAUAAAACAUGUUUGACAGCUGGUUUUUCAUUUGACAUCUAUUCAAAAAACAUCUGUUCUUGAGAAUGCGUAUCAUGCGCGCUGAGUUCGUGCGAAAUGAAACGGUUCGCUAACAAUUAUGCGGGUGGAUCAUCAGAAAAACGUGCGAAACUCAUCAAUGAAGACCCCUGGGGUGAUUCUGAUCCAGAUAUUGAGCAUUUCCUUCUUCAAGCAUCACAAAUCGUCGAUGAAAUCCCUGUUAAUGAUAAUAAACCCGUUGAAAAUGAGUCAAUUGUUACUUAUAAUGGCUUUGCACAUCCGUCUAUGGUUGCAUCAACUCAAUUUGAUGCAUCAAUCUGGGCUCAUCCAGCAAAUUCCUCAAAAUGUCUUCCAGUUAGAACCAACAAACAAGAUGAGUUACAAAAACUCAAAGAGGAAGUGCUCAAUAAAGAGGGAGAAAUCACCAUUCUAAGGACACAGUUGAAACAGUCCAAGGAGCAUGCUGAAUUGAAUUAUUCAAAGAAACUCAAUGAAAGUGUGGAUAAAAUCCAAUUGAUACAAAGUGAAAAAGAACGAAUUUCAACAGAAUUAGACUUUAAGAACAUGGAAAUUGUGAAUUUGAAGAAGAAGCUUGAGAAUAUCACAAAGAAUUUGUUUGAUAACUCAACACUGAGUAAAACUUCAAGAAUAAUUGACAAUUCAAUUAUUCCUUUGGGAGGUUACAAAGUCUUCUAUAAGUUUUUAUUAUUUUUUAAUUUUCCAUUAAAAUCUGUGAUACCUUUAAAAAUAUUUGAGAGUGUUGACGAUGACAAGUUUCCGAAAAUUCUGUCUCCGAAUAAAACGACAGAUGAGAGAUAUCUGCACAGUUUGAUGUUUCCCAGCUGUCAUGGCCAACAGGAAAAAGGUUCAUUUACUUAUAUUCGGUUUGGUGAGCCGUUGAGAAUAAAACAUUUUUUUGAUACAAUUAGAUCUCUGCGGGAUGCAUCUGAAUGGGAGUUGGAAAAUGCAACAAAUUCAGUAAAUCAAAUUUACUUGUUAACGCUUACAUUUUUGACGAAUCACUUGGAAUAUUUGACUAGAUUUGUGAAACUUGUGCAAAAAGACGAAGUGCGCGAGUAUGACGUGCGAAAAGCGCAAAAUUCGACGCAAAGCGGGUUGAUUAAUGUUGCUUUACUAGAACCAAUAAAUUGUGAUAGUGCUGUGGAAGAAUGUGCGAUGCAAUGUCGACAAUGUUUGGCACUUCUAGCAGCUAUUUAUCCACAUAAUAAGUAUUUGAGGAAUGUUUUCAACCAUAAUAAACCUCUGCAAUCAUCUGAAUGCGAGCGCGAGACAUGGCCCUUUGCUUUUAGUACUCUUUUAACGGCUCGGGGUGAACAAAACAUGUUGAUAAUUUUACAUCGUAUUGUAAAAAUUAUCGGCGAUACUCGAAGGGGUAACUUAUAUUCGGGAUUAUUAUCAUCAAUUUGUCUACUUCUUGCUGAAAUUGUGCGAUAUAGUGAAGAAAAAUUUGAACAAAUUGGAGUGUUGAUAGUGGAAAUAGUACUCACAACUCCAUCUUUCACCGUGUUAUACUACAUGAGUGAAUUGUUCAAACACGGGUCUAGUAAUCUGCAUAUUGAACAAAUGUGCAGAAAUCCACGGGUAAAUGUGUUGGAGCGGAAGAAAGUAGAUGGCGUCUCACCGAAUGUAAAUUUCUGCAUUACCGACAUCUUUUUCAGUCAUUGUCGACAUGCACUCGUGAAAAUUUUAUCUACAAAUAGUAAAGAUUUUCGCAUGCAUUUGAAUUUGGUGCAUUUUAUCACGAAUUCAAUUAAUUCAAACGUCGGAUGGAUGUAUUUUCAACCAGUUGUAAUUGUCAAAAAGAAUAUUGUAAAGUUGGAGUUGAAGUGAUUUACACAAGUCUACAGACCUACAGGCUGCUUAAAAGGUGUCGAAAUGAACAUAUUCCAGUUGAACUGAAUACGCUCGUUAAAACCACUCCGAAAGUUUUGGCGACGUUAAUUCGAAAAUAUGGCGAGUUAAUCGAAUACAACGUACAAUACAAUCUGAUGAUAAAGUCAGCGCGGGCAUUGUUAACAGAAUUACAGGACAUUUACGAUGGAUGGACACAAUUUGAAGUCGAAUCAAUCGCAAAACAAUCAGUUUCUGAAUCUUCUACGUCGCCGCCACGAAUCUCAUGGGAAGUAUUACCUUCAGACUUUAGUUUAAAGUUUACAUAAUAUUUUCUAUACAUUUUACCAAUUUUAUUAAGCUCUAUACGUUUUUUUUUUUUUGCAUUUUUGAGUAAUUAGUGUACACUAUUUAACAAUACAACUAUAGUGAUAAAUAUUUUAACGUAAAAAUAGAAAAUAUUUAUAAAUUUAUACAUUAUACAUCACAAAAGAAGCGAAA